CAAGGCAUUCCUUCCCAAGAUGCUGGAGCUGAACCACGGUCACAUUGUGACGGUUGCCAGCUCUCUGGGGCUAUUCAGCACAGCUGGUGUGGAGGACUACUGCGCCAGUAAGUUUGGGGCCAUCGGCUUCCACGAGUCGCUGAGCCACGAGAUCAAGGCUUCGGAUAAGGACGGCAUUAAGAUGACGCUGGUGUGUCCCUACCUGGUGAACACGGGCAUGUUUGAAGGCUGCAGGAUAAGGAAAGAAAUCGAGCCAUUCCUGCCUCCCCUGAAGCCAGAGUUCUGUGUAACACAGUCUAUGAGGGCCAUUCUCACUGAUCAGGCUAUGAUCUGCACACCGCGUAUAGUAUACAUGGUCAACUUCAUGAAAAGCUUCCUGCCCUUCGAGGCCAUCGUGUGUAUGUACAGGUUCCUGGGUGCUGAUAAGUGUAUGUAUCCCUUCCUUGCCCAGAGGAAGGAGCUGAUGAACAACAACGAGGCUAAGGGGGCGCUGUUGCCGCGGGGCCCAUAACCCUAGAGGCACAAGGAUAAGACCACUGAGGGUGCAUGGAGGAGGAGGAGGAGGAGGAAGAAGAGGACUUAAAAAGACUGAAUUUAGACUGGUGAACUUGCAUUGAGCAGAAUCAAAGGUCCUCUGAAACGAUACCAGCUGUGUACUACACAAAGGAUUUUACUUCUCUUAGUUUUUUUUCCAUAUUGUCUUUUUUAUUUUUUAUUUUAUUUUUUCUUCUAAGGUUUGUUUAAAGAAACCGACGAUCUAUAUACUGUGUCAAUAGUUUUUUUUGAAAUCAUAUGAAAAAAAGGUAUUAACUAUUUACGUAAUGUAGUCACCAACUUUUUAUUUAGUAUCUUUGUGGAAAUAUACAGUAUGUUACUGUACAGUAAAAUCUUGUCACUUUUA